CUGCUGGGCUUUAGGUUGACCUAUAUGAAGAUCGCCUUUUCCUCUGUAUAUUUGUGCCGCAUCUGUACUUUAUCAAGCUAUUUGCACCAUGUCAGUGCCAAAUAGGAACCCAGAAAUCAAAUAUACUCAGAUAUUCUACAACAAUGAAUGGCAUGACUCAGUCAGUGGAAAGAAGUUUCCGACCAUCAACCCCUGCACUGGUGAAGUGAUCUGCCAUGUUCAAGAAGGGGACAAGGCUGAUGUGGACUUGGCUGUGAAAGCAGCAAGAGCAGCUUUCGAAUAUGGCUCCACCUGGCGGACUAUGGAUGCAUCAAAGAGGGGACGCCUGAUGAUGAAGCUAGCGGACCUGAUUGAAAGAGAUCUCAGUUAUAUUUCCAGCUUGGAGACCCUGAACUGUGGGAAAUCUUUUUGGAGUUCAAAGGGAGACAUUGAGCAUGCUAUUGACUGUCUGCGGUACUUUGGAGGCUGGGCAGACAAGAUUCAUGGCAAAACAAUCCCUGCAGAUGGCGAUGUUUUCUCCUACACCCGACAUGAGCCAGUUGGCGUCUGUGGUCAGAUCAUACCGUGGAAUUAUCCGAUAGCCAUGAUGUCAUGGAAAUUAGGUCCAGCCCUCGCCUGUGGAAACUGCAUUAUUGUAAAACCGGCAGAACAGACUCCGCUGACAGCGUUGUAUGUUGCCAGCCUUUGUGUCGAGGCCGGGUUUCCACCGGGUGUGGUGAAUAUCAUCCCGGGAUACGGACCAACUGCUGGAGCGGCCAUCUCUGAGCACAUGGACAUUGAGAAGGUUGCUUUCACUGGUUCAACAGAGGUUGGCCAUCUGGUCAUGGAGGCUGCAGCCAAGACAAACAUGAAAAGAGUCCUACUUGAAAUGGGAGGCAAGAGCCCCUUAAUUAUCUUUGCUGAUGCAGACAUUGAUGUGUCUGCGAUGGAGGCCCAUGAGGCUGUCAUGGUCAACCACGGCCAGUGUUGCUGUGCUGGAUCGCGCACAUUCGUCCAGGAUGAAAUCUAUGAUGAGUUUGUCAAGAAGAGUAAGAUCUUGGCUGAAGGUCGCGUGGUUGGUGAUCCGUUCGAUAAACUCACAAAGCAAGGUCCACAGAUUGAUAAGGAUCAGUUCCAAAAGAUUCUGUCGAUGAUUGACAGCGGGAAGCAGCAGGGUGCGACUCUGGUCACUGGAGGCAGUCCAGUCGGAGACAAGGGUUACUUCAUCCAGCCAACUGUGUUUGCUAAUGUCACGGAUGAUAUGGCUAUUGCAAAGGAAGAGAUCUUUGGACCUGUCCAACAGAUCAUUAGGUUCAAGAAUGCAGCUGAAGUGAUUGAACGGGCUAACAACACAACCUAUGGCUUGGCAGCGGGAGUCUUCACCAAGGAUAUUGAUAAGGCUCUCACAUUGGCUCACUCACUUAAAGGUGGCAGUGUCUGGGUGAAUUGCUACGAUUUGGUUAGUGUGCAGACUCCAUUUGGUGGAUUCAAACAGUCUGGCAUUGGCAGGGAGCUUGGAGAAUAUGCCCUGAAAGAGUACACAGAGGUCAAGUGUGUCACAAUCAAGAUUCCAAAGAAGAACUCGUAAGAAGUCCGGUAACAUCCUGUUUACUGUUGGUGAAGCUAGCAUGAUCAACUGAUGGAUUAGACUUGGUUAUAUGCAUGAACUUCUCCGAAGCUGCUAAACUUGAGAUGCCAUGCUUGCCGGCAUUGCACAAUAAAGUCUUCGCAACAAAACUUUAGGUGCUGGUAUUUUUGUAGUGUUUUGUUGUUUGUAAUGUUUGUAAUGCACAUGAACCUGUAUGAAUUGUAGGGCUUGAGGUGCUGGUAUAAUUACGGGUAGGCAAAAACAUUAAAUCUUAAACUGUUAAUUAAUAUUGAGGGAACUUGUUGAGAGAUUCUAAAUGAUGAAUCUACUGCUGAAAACAUAAUAUUCAGUUUAUAAUGCUGAGCCUCCUUUUUGGUAUAAGUUGAUCAGAAUUACAUGUAAGAUUAGUGUAGAAGGAAUGUGCUAUGAGUGAGAGGUACUAGAAGAGCCUGGCAGUGACUUGCUACCAGCCUGGCAGUGUAACAUCUAAUUAUUAUUGUGUACCUGCACUGCUUUAAAAUGCUUUAUAUAACUUUUUAAGUGCUAUUGUUGGUCAUUAUUAGGAUAUCUAAUCUGUCUCAGACAACACUGAUGUUAUUUUUGAUGACAAUCUGAUAAAAUUGGAUGAUGAAAUUCAGGGUGGAUGCUUGUCAUCAAUAAAAGAUAUUAACAUUUCAUGGAAAAA